AGACGGAGGAAAAAAAAACUUUGAUUUUCGCCCUCGUUUUCUCUCUCACGUCGGCCGUCAUGAUCACUUCAAAACUUCCCAUCGCCCUGUUUUUAAAACGGAAAUGUUCGCCCUCCAGAGGGACAGGCUGGUUGUGAAACUACCAUGGAUCCGUUACGGUGAGAGAAGAAGUUAGAAACUUUCCCCCGGAUCCUCGGAGCGCAGCACAAUGGACCCCGGGCAGAGGACGCGCUCCAGAGGAGGGAGGCUGUGGAGCCUUUGCUUGUAUCUCGCCGGCCUCUCCUGUGCGUCCGCCCAGCUCAGCUAUUCCGUAUCGGAGGAACUAAGCCCGGGCUCCGUCGUUGGGAAUAUCGCACAAGAUUUGGGUCUGACUGCCCAGCGGAUCGACCAGAGGAGGCUGCGGGUGGUCUCGGAUUCCUCCACUCAGUACUUCGAGGUGAAGCAGGCGACCGGCGAUCUGGUCAUCAAACAAAGUAUAGACCGGGAGCGAAUGUGCGAGCUGAGUUUAACGUGCACGCUCCACCUUCAGAUAGUUCUGGAUGAUCCAUUAGAGAUCCUUCGCGUGGUGGUGGAGAUUCUGGAUGUGAAUGACAACGCGCCGCACUUUCCCACCAGCAACAUUUCCUUGGAGAUCUCCGAGGCGGCCGCGCCGGGCACACGGUUCCGCUUGGAGAGCGCGCACGACCCGGACGUGGGGACCAACUCGUUACGCACGUACCAUCUCGCAGCGAAUGACUUUUUUACUUUGAACGUGGAAACUAAAAGCGACGGCAGUAAGUUUCCAGAGCUCGUGGUGGACAAACCUCUGGACAGGGAGACGCUGGCCAAGUUUCGCCUGAUGCUCACAGCUGUGGACGGGGGGCAGCCGGAGAAAUCUGGCUCAACCCUUAUGCUCAUUAAAGUUCUGGAUGUAAAUGACAAUGCGCCCGUCUUUGACGAACCAGUGAAUAAAGUUAGACUAUUAGAAAAUGUUGCACUGGGCACUUUAAUAACAAAGCUGAACGCAACUGACGCGGAUUCCGGCAACAAUGGAGAAAUCUCUUUUCUUUUUAGUAAAUAUACACCGGAGGGGGUUCUCCGACUCUUCAGUGUGGAUUCUAAAAGCGGGGAGAUCCGUGUGAAGGGCCAUGUGGACUAUGAGAAGGCCACCGCGUACCACAUCACAGUGCAGGCCAGAGAUGGGGGCUCUCCUGCUAUGGAGGGCUCAUGUAACGUCCUAGUGGACAUUGUUGAUGUGAAUGACAACGCACCAGAGGUCACGCUGACGUCACUGACCAGUCCUAUUAGAGAGGACUCGGCAUCAGAGACAGCAAUAGCUCUCAUUAGUGCCCGGGACCUGGACUCGGGUGUGAAUGGAGAGGUUACAUUGACUGUCCAACCAGGUUUGCCAUUUAAACUUAUUCCAGCCUUUGGCAUGCAUUACAGCCUCAUCACAGCUGGCAACUUGGACCGUGAGACUGUCCCAGAGUACACAGUGGUCAUCAGGGCCACUGACGCGGGUUCACCACGCCUCUCAUCACAGAUCACCUUCGUGGUGGAGCUCUCUGAUGUGAAUGACAAUGCUCCAACUUUCUCUCAGGAUAAAUACUCUGUGGACAUCCCAGAGAGCAACGCUCCCAGUGCUCCCAUCGCAGCUGUUUCAGCCACUGACCCAGACCUCGGGGACAAUGCUCGCAUAUCGUACUCCAUCCUUCCCAGCAUGGUCCAGGGCUCACCCAUUGCUUCUUAUGUCUACAUUAACCCAGACAAUGGUCACAUCCACAGCAUGCGCUCUCUGGAUCAUGAGCAGCUCAAUGCUUUCCGUAUUGAGGUGCAGGCCCGGGAUGCUGGGGUGCCCCCACGGACCGCUAAUGUCACCGUGCAUGUGUUUGUGGUGGAUGUGAAUGACAAUGCACCAGUGAUUGUAUAUCCCUCCUACCCAAAAGAGAAAGGAUUACAGCUUGUUGUGCCCCCAUCUGCAGGCCCAGGGCACCUCAUAAAUAAACUUGUAGGGGUGGAUGCAGACAGUGGGCACAAUGCAUGGCUGUUUUACUCCAUAGCCCUGGGACCAAAUGCUGGAAUGUUUCGUAUCGGGCCACACACAGGUGAGCUCCGCACAGCCCGCAAAUGGGCCGAGGAGGAAGAGGGCUCAGCCUAUGACAUUUUGGUUAUCAUCCAGGACAAUGGUGAACCGCCCAAGUCUUGUUCUGUGAACAUUACAGUAACCGUGGAGGAGAAGAGCACAGCCGUCGAUGCACCAGCAAGCCCUCGCCACACGCCCUUUUACCACCGCACAGGGAUGUCAGACAUCACCUUGUACCUGAUCAUCUCUCUAGCCUGUGUAUCAGCUGUCUCCUUCAUCACCUUUGUUGCCCUCAUGAUACGCUGCCUAAGGCACCGGACCCCGGGCCUGGAUGACUCCUGCGACUCUUGCUGUUACGACAGCCACAGGUCCAGCCGCUACCAUCAGAGGCCGAGCAAGGACCUGCACCUGCAGCUCAACAGCGAUGGACCCAUACGCUACAUGGAGGUGGUGGGAGGCUCCCAGGAUCCAAACACUCGCACUUACAGGCCGUGCUACUCCACCCUAUCCAGCCGGAGUGACUUUGUAUUUAUGAAGACGCCAAUGCUGAGUCAAAACAACACGCUCAACAUGACACUCAGCAGGAAGCACCUUAUGAACUCAGUCAAUGAGCAAAAACCCCCCAACAAUGACUGGCGCUUCACCCAAGGACAGCGACCUGGACCCAGCGGGGCAACUGGAGGACCUGAGGUUGCCAUGGGAACUGGUCCCUGGCCCCAGCCCCCUACUGAGGCUGAGCAGCUCCAGGCCCUGAUGGCUGCAGCGAACGAAGUGAGUGAGGCUACAGGCACCCUGGGGCCGGGCACCAUGGGCCUUAGCACCCGCUACAGCCCCCAGUUCACUCUGCAGCACGUCCCCGACUACCGCCAGAACGUCUACAUCCCCGGCAGCACCGCCACCCUGACCUCCAACCCCCAGCAGCAGCAGCAGCAGCAGGCCACCGCCCAGCAGGCCGCCCAGCAGGCGCUUCCUCCACCCCAGGGUCCGCCCCAGCCCGAGCCCCCCAAGGCCGCCCAGACCCCUGCCUCCAAGAAGAAGUCCACCAAGAAGGAGAAGAAGUAGAUCUGGAUGGAGAGAGGAGGAUGAGGAAAAGGAGGAGGAGGAGUAAUGAUAAACCCGACCUGAUCUGAUGAGAAAUUCAACCCCCCAUAUCCUCCCAUUAGGUAUCUGACUGUCACUGUCACUCAUACUAGCCACGGUCUAAAUAUUGACAUCUAAUCAUUUUAGGCCGCAUGGACGAUGUUGAUGGUUCUUUGACAGAGUGUCUUGAAGAAUAUGAAUGUGUUGAAGGCUGUUGAUGGUGUUGAUAACCCGUGCUGUGCUAAAGGUCUAGUAUUGCUCCUGUAAUCUUUGUUGGUAGAUAUGUGUGGCAGGGUAUGGGGGGUUAUUGUGAUUUUUGUUUUCCUUUUUGGCAAAAUCAAAUGAACUUAAACGAAGAGAUUCAGUGUAACGAACCUUGCUGGGACGACAAGGCUAUACGCAGUGAUGUAUUAAGAGAUGAAAUGUUGAUGUCUUUCAUGUUGGAUUUAUUGUUCUUUCCUGGUGGUGGAGAGGUGUAAAGUACGCUAGUUGCCAUCCAUUAGAUUCCUAUAUAGGAUCAGCCUUACAGGGUCCUAAAGCAUAAGCCCUGUGGAUAUAAGGCUGUUGUUCGACAGGUAUUACAAACUCUUCUGCAUGCUCUUUAAAGGUUCAAACCACAUAUUCUAGUUUAGAGUUAAAAACUAUGCAUUGCAAAAGCAAAGAGGGGAAGGACAACCGGAGUCUAGCAUCCUCCCUCCAAUCGCAGGUCAACACAAUGCACAUGUAGCAUUUGUUUGACACAAAAUGAAAAUUACUUUUGUAAUCAUAGUUUAAAAAAAAAAAAAAGAUACGAUUUUAAUCUCCCGUUAUUUUGUAUGACCUGAGCAUGCACCCAGAGGACGGGCCGGUAGAGGGUGGGGAGGCCCGGCGGUUUGUCUAAUGGAGUCACGAGCCGUGCUGUCCGUGCAGGUGGUGUAACAGCAGGGCCCCGGCUGCUGGUGUAACACGUCCAGAUGGGCACAGACAUGUCCUGCACCCUGUACCGUCCCCUCUCCCUACCCAGCUCGUGUCCUCCCCUCACUCACUACCCCCACGUCGAGAGCCAAACAAAGAGAAAUGCACUGUUCGUAUUCCGAAAGACGAGAUGAAGUAGGGGCUAGGACAUCCCUUCGGUCUUUAAGGAAACACGUAGAUGUGGUGAACUUAAAUGCUUAGGUGUUUCUAGACACUUUGCAGGCCUCUAGGGCCGGGGCGGAGUCUUUUCCCUCACUUUCCUGAAGUGCUGAAGAAAUUUAUUGAUGUGACACAGUAACACGCUUUUUUCUUUUUCUUUGGGAGAUAAUGAUUCAAUAGCAUAGAGGAAUUGUUUGUAUAAGAAAUGAAGUCUUUACGUUGCCGUCCGUCCAUCUGUCUGUCGGGGCCCUGGCCAGACACAACUGCAUGAGGAGAGGCGGCUUGCACGCUGUUUUUGGGGGGGGUGGAGAUGGGGUUUUGGGGGGUGAAGGGUACACAGGCUGAGGUGGCACCAUUCCAUCGACCAGGAGGGUGGGGAACAACCUUGGCUCUACCCACUGAAUGUACAGAGGAACCACUGUUGACCCGCCCACCCCCGUAAACCUUCUCUAAUGCACUGACCCAGGUAGAGGUCAACAGAGCCAGGCACAGCCGUCCCUGUAGGGGAGGAGUCACCACUCCAGAGCCCUUUGAAACAUCCUUCUCCACUGAAACCCCAACCUCAGCCUCUGUACCGCUCACCUCUGCCCCCCCACUCCCCGGCCCUGUGAGGCUCUUCCCACUGUAAAUAAACACAAGUCCUGUCGAUGGUAUGAGCCAGUUGUUUGUAUAGUAGGGACCACGUCCACCAUUUUCAAAAUAAAAGUCCCUCUCCACAAGGCGUGGCUUACUACUGGAAUGUGUUGCAUUUUGUUUUUCAAGAAAAAUAAGAAAAACCACGGUUUGACAAAAAAAAAAAAAUCAGUAAUGAAUAAAAAAUCUGAGAUGUUCUUCAACAGUUUGUGUUGCAAUGUAGUAACUAAGCACCAUGGAAGCCAACUAACUCUUCAGUGUAAAUAAAUGAAUUAAAGAUAACUUUAGAUAAGUAAACAAAGUGACACACGUAGACUAGUUAACUUGUGAUAUGUGUUGCGCAUAUUUUUGUGUUCAUUUUCUCUCUACUAUCUUUUAUCACCCUGUAAAGAAACAAAACAAAAAAAAAAAUAUGGAAACUGUUUCUAUCCUUCUGUAACCUCUUAAUGUUCUUUUGCGGUGAUUUUAUCUCGUGCAUUUGUGAAAGAAUGCCUCUCAUUCUCUCUUUCUGUCCAUAUGAACAAAUGAUUAUAAAUAUUAUAUAUGUGUAUGUCCGUCCGCUGCUGAAUUAAUACUGCUCUAUCCUGCUGUAUUAUCUUUCUUAUCAAAUGCUUAGCCCCCACGCUACCCCUGUGUUACUCUCUUAUUUUUAUGCUAAUAUUUAUAUUGCUGUUUUAUUUUCUCUUGGACACUGACAUUUCAAAUAAAAAGAUUCUGAAAUCAUUUAAGAAA